AGGAGGCCUGGGCCACGUGACCCGGCGGGCCCGGCGCCCUAGCGCUCGGCCUCCGGCUCCUCCCCUUCGGCGCCGCCGCUAGCUCCUAUUUUUUCGGCCGGCGUAGCUUCCGAGGUCCCCGCGGCGCUCUGGCGGCUGGACACGGCAGCAGCUGGCCUCGCAGAUGACUGUCAAGCACGCUCUGUUCUGCUCUCAGAUGUUGGCUUAUUUAUAGGAGUUGCUCGAAGCCAGAGUCAUGGUGGAUGUAGGGAAGUGGCCAAUCUUCACUCUGCUGUCACCUCAAGAAAUUGCAUCUAUUCGGAAAGCAUGUGUCUUUGGCACUUCAGCCAGUGAAGCACUCUACGUUACUGACAAUGAUGAGGUCUUUGUAUUUGGACUGAACUAUAGUAACUGUCUAGGAACUGGAGAUAACCAAAGUACGCUCGUACCCAAAAAGCUAGAAGCCUUAUGUGGAAAGAAGAUUAAAAGCCUUAGUUACGGAAGUGGACCACACGUCCUUCUCAGCACUGAAGAUGGGGUGGUUUAUGCCUGGGGCCACAAUGGAUAUAGCCAGCUUGGGAAUGGGACGACCAACCAAGGCAUCGCUCCCAUCCAAGUGUGUACCAAUCUCUUGAUCAAGCAAGUGGUUGAAGUAGCUUGUGGCUCACAUCAUUCAAUGGCUCUGGCAGCUGAUGGAGAAGUGUUUGCUUGGGGGUAUAACAACUGUGGUCAGGUGGGAUCAGGUUCUACAGCAAAUCAACCAACUCCUCGAAAAGUUACAAACUGUUUACAUAUUAAGAGGGUGGUUGGCAUUGCCUGUGGUCAGACAUCAUCCAUGGCUGUUCUAGACAAUGGUGAGGUAUAUGGCUGGGGUUACAAUGGCAACGGUCAGCUGGGCUUGGGAAACAAUGGCAAUCAGCUGACCCCUGUGAGAGUGGCAGCCUUGCACAGUGUUUGCGUGAACCAGAUUGUCUGCGGCUAUGCACAUACUCUAGCACUAACAGAUGAGGGCUUGCUCUAUGCCUGGGGAGCUAACACAUAUGGGCAGCUGGGAACUGGCAAUAAAAAUAACCUGCUAAGCCCAGCACACAUCAUGGUGGAGAAAGAAAGGGUAGUGGAGAUCGCAGCCUGUCACUCUGCCCACACGUCCGCCGCCAAGACCCAGGGAGGGCACGUGUACAUGUGGGGCCAGUGCCGGGGCCAGUCGGUGCUCCUCCCCCAUCUCACCCACUUCUCCUGCACGGACGACGUGUUCGCCUGCUUCGCCACUCCCGCCGUCACGUGGCGCCUCCUGUCUGUUGAGCAUGAAGACUUUUUAACAGUUGCAGAGUCACUGAAGAAAGAAUUUGAUAGUCCAGAAACUGCCGAUCUGAAAUUUCGAAUUGAUGGGAAAUAUAUUCAUGUCCAUAAGGCUGUUUUGAAAAUCAGGUGUGAGCACUUUCGUUCCAUGUUCCAGUCCUAUUGGAACGAGGACAUGAAGGAAGUGAUAGAAAUCGACCAGUUCUCUUACCCCGUGUACCGUGCCUUUCUGCAGUACCUCUACACAGACACGGUGGACCUGCCGCCGGAGGAUGCCAUAGGUCUUUUGGAUUUGGCGACAUCUUACUGUGAAAACAGACUGAAAAAACUUUGUCAGCACAUUAUCAAGCGAGGAAUCACUGUGGAGAAUGCCUUCUCAUUAUUCUCUGCUGCCGUCAGAUAUGAUGCAGAGGAUUUAGAAGAAUUCUGCUUUAAGUUUUGCAUCAAUCAUUUGACAGAAGUUACACAGACUGCAGCAUUUUGGCAAAUGGAUGGCCCCCUGCUAAAGGAAUUCAUUGCUAAAGCCAGUAAAUGUGGAGCCUUUAAGAACUGAAGCACAAGGGCGCUGGGUCUUGUGUGAGUGCGCUGAGGCACUGUUGUCCAGCUUGUGCUCUACGAGUGAUGUGAUUCUGCAGGUAAAAAUCCAUCAGGUUGUUUUCCCCACAUCUGAGACACAGUUCUCUGCUUAGGAAUAUAUGAAAGAUGAACGGCUUUUCUUGAGCCCAUUUUAAAUAACUCUUGUGUCCAGAUACGUGUAUUUUAAAUGUGGCCUUUCUUACAUUUGGCCUGGAACAUUGUAAAAGGGAGAGAGUUUAGCUGUUCUUGGUUUUAAUUUUUUUGAUUAGAGGACUUUCUGAACUUGAAAAGUAGAAGUUGGGGACAACUCUCCUAGGUUACACGUCAACAACCUUUGGAUACUGGGAGUUGUGGUAGUGUGUGAAUGGCGAGAUGAACGUAGAGGCCCCGCCCUGAAUUAAGGGUGCUGACCUGGGGCUUGUUGAAGUGCUGUGUUAGUUGCUAGGUCAGGAUACUUACUGUGAAGGAAUAGUUAAGAUUGUUUGAGGCUUUUGUUCGUGUGCUUGAGUUAUUGAUGACUUCUUUUAACUUCAAGGUGUAUCAAAGUAAUAUUCAACUUAAUAUGAGUUAAACCUAUUGAAACGAUAAUUACGUAAGGAUACAUUUCUAAGUUAGCCAGGAUUUCUCUUAAGAUUUAAGUGCAUAAAGAAUAGUAAUUUAGAACUAUCCAUGAAACCUUGAUGACGAAAGAAACUUCCUUUGGGUAAAAGUGAAUGUUAUAUAAGUUAGAAUCUCUACUACUUACCCAAAUAAAAUAGAAUUUGAGAACUCAAGUUAAAUUGGCCCCCUUUCUGUAAAUGUUAACUUGUAAGAGGAAAAUAAUGACAUGCAGUAUACUCUUGCCUUCCUAAAUUAUGACUGCCAAAUCAUCUUAUCUGCUACAUAUGACUUGAAGAAGUGGUUCUUAAAAUCAGCUUUCUUACAGGACUAACUGGAAUUUGCUUUAUCUACUUUAUCUAGGCCAAAUACCAUCACAAAUUUGCUUAUUUGAAACUCUACCACCUUUCUUUCACCUUUGAUGUUACUCUGCUUUUAACUGUUAGGUAUAACAUUUAGCAUAAUUUCGAUCUUGAAAAAGAUGGAAAUUAUGCUCUUCCUGAAAAGAUCCUAUUUAAAGGACAGUUGGUUAUGAGACGUGACUUUGGUGUGUAACAGUGGUCAGCUUUUGAGUUUUAUCACGUGUGUCCAGUGAGCUCACUUUAACAACAAAGCUCUGUUUUGCUCUGUGGUCUGUGAACUCAUCUGCAUCUGUGUGAGCUCCCUCAGUGAAUUUUGUUUCCUUCUCCGAUGUCCUUCUUCUGAGCGGUGAAGCAUGAAUAGUUUCCAGAGCCAAACUGACAAAAGGGCGAAUACAUGCUGCAGCUACUGUUUUUAGUCAUGUUUUUAAACGUGUGUGUAUUGGAGUGUCAGGAGGAGUGAGACCCCAAAGAUAAGAAUUCAUCGGUAGGUGAAAUAAAUUCAAACCUAGUAGCAGUCCCAGUCCCUUUUCUUGAGCAUAUCACAAGUGAUUGAAGCCCAGUGAAUUACUAGGUUAGAAUUAGUCCCAAAACAUCAUAGAAUUUUUCUUACUAGUUUGAUAAAAGCGUAUUAAUUUUAUUAUUAGCUAUGAUGGGUAGUGUUCGUAACAAUCACUGUUCUGUAGGCUUAUGAUCUGAAUAAAACGAGAACUUUGGUGUGUUUACUAUUGCUCUUUUACUUGAAAAGCAAACUUCUUAAAAAAAGCACAAAUUGAAGUAGUAGAUCCAUAUCCAUAGAUAAUACAUUCAACAAAUAUUUACUGAGUUCCUAAUAUAGGUUAAGAACCACUUCUCACAUUACUGAGUAGCUUGUAUGAGUAUGUAUGGUAGUAAAGAGAAUACGUCCUUCAAAAAGUACUUGAGUUUUUUUUUCUUUAAUACACGCUCUUAUUUUUCUACUUGGUUUUGUUAAUCGUAGCAGGAGACGAAACUGUUCUUUGAUUUUUUUUUUUUUUUGUCUGAUGUAAUAACAGAAGCCAAAGUAUUUACAUUUCUUAAAAUAGCCCUAAAUGUACUCUUGAACUUCUUACUGGAACAAUGUUUGAUAUUGUAGUAUGUAUGCUAUGUUUAAAAUGACAUGUUAAUAAAGUAACCCGUUAAAAUAGG